GACUCAAUUGAAGAACUGGAGUGUCUGGUGUGAGGUUGGAUGUUUUGGAGUUGGCAGAGAAUUUUUUUUUAAUGGAGUAACAGUUACUUUUGGAUGACCCAGUGAGAAGUCUGAGUUAUCAUUUCAAGUCUCCAGUUUAUGCACUUUAAAUGCGAGUGUUCCUACCCUACUCUGUACCACAUGGGAUGUCUUAGAAUAAUUGAGUCACAUAUGUCAAACCACUUUAUAAAUAAUGUUACUGGAUAAUGCAAGCUCAAAACUAAUGUCUGGAUGUUGUCUUAAAGCACAAUUUGAAUAUCAGGGGUUUUUUUUUCUUUCUUUUGCAAGUAGAGUAAAUGUAAACGGAGCUUAUGUAAACAUGCAUUCUUAUGUUUUGGUUUAAGUUCUAGGUUGUUACUUUCAUUUUGAUUAGUCAUUUUGGUGUUUAAAUGAACCUGCCUAAAUUUAGUUUGGCUAUUUUUCACUAGACCAAAAAAAAAAACAAACCACUUUUUCACUUUUUAUUUCGGGAGCAGAGUAAGGGCAGGGAGUGAAAACCAAGAGAUGAUUGUAGGAGUUGUCAAUGAGAAGGAAUGUGUGAUUUCCAAUGAAAGAAGCUCAAAUUUAUACUUUUUCUCGUGCGCUCAGACUUCAGCAUCCCAAUUCAAACUAAACUAAAUAAGAGAAUGAUGUACACAUUAGAAUGUACACAUUAGAAUGCCAGUUUAUGUUGAAAUAAAAGAUAUCCCUUUCCAGUGAUCAGAAUUUUCAGGUUGAAAAUCCAGUGCACUCUUUGUAUCCAAGAACUGGGGAAGCCAGGUUAAUAAGGAGAGGUUGUGUGGGGAUCAUGGAGUCAAGAAAGGGAACCUGGAAAGUUUUGAGUGAUCUUUCAUCAUCAAAGUUAUGGUAGAAGCUUAAGAAUUACCCCUUCUCUCUAGAGCGAAUACUUUUGAAGGGGCUAGGAUACUGAAACCAACCAGUUAUCAUGUUCUUUUCCUUGGAAUAAAGCAAUAAUUUCCAGAUUUACCUCCAGAGGUCUUACGUCAUUGAACAUCCCCACAACGACAUGUGAGAGUGCCUGUUUCUCACAGCCUCACCAACGGAGUGUAUUGUCAAGAAAGGACUGUUAGCUCCAGAUGAGAAAACUGAGACUUUAAGAUCAUUUCCCAAGGUCACAUUGCUGUUAAAUAGUACAGACAAUAUGGUAACCUUAAGAGCCUGAUUCCAGAGCCCAGUCUCCUAAAUUAUACUGUCCUGCAUAUCUGGAUAUGUCUCGUAUGUAUGGACCACACAUCCCCGACCUACAUGCUUGCUAACUUAACCCACUUACACUCUGAACAGCUUCUGCAGGGCUUGAAUCUCCUUCGUCAGCACCACGAACUCUGUGACAUCAUUCUUCGAGUAGGUGAUGUUAAAAUCCAUGCUCACAAAGUGGUACUUGCCAGCAUCAGCCCGUAUUUCAAAGCUAUGUUCACCGGAAACCUUUCUGAGAAAGAGAACAGUGAGGUUGAGUUUCAGUGCAUCGAUGAAACUGCUCUCCAGGCCAUCGUGGAAUAUGCCUAUACAGGGACUGUUUUUAUUUCACAGGACACAGUUGAAUCUCUCCUUCCAGCAGCAAACCUACUCCAGAUAAAACUUGUCCUGAAAGAGUGUUGUGCAUUUCUUGAAAGUCAACUUGACCCUGGCAAUUGUAUUGGAAUUUCUCGUUUUGCAGAGACAUAUGGCUGUCAUGACCUUUAUCUGGCAGCCACUAAGUACAUAUGCCAAAAUUUUGAAGCUGUUUGCCAGACUGAAGAGUUUUUUGAGCUCACACAUGCUGAUUUGGAUGAAAUUGUUUCCAAUGACUGUUUAAACGUAGCUACUGAAGAGACUGUUUUUUAUGCACUUGAGUCUUGGAUCAAGUAUGAUGUACAAGAACGCCAGAAGUACUUAGCACAGCUGCUUAACAGUGUGCGGUUACCAUUGCUGAGCGUUAAGUUUCUCACUAGACUGUAUGAAGCAAAUCAUCUUAUUCGUGAUGAUCGCACUUGUAAACAUCUUUUGAAUGAAGCCCUGAAGUACCACUUUAUGCCUGAACACAGGCUCUCUCAUCAGACUGUCUUGAUGACACGACCUCGCUGUGCUCCCAAAGUACUUUGUGCCGUAGGAGGAAAAUCUGGACUGUUUGCCUGUUUGGAUAGUGUGGAGAUGUACUUUCCUCAGAAUGACUCCUGGAUUGGUUUAGCACCCCUAAACAUUCCUCGCUAUGAAUUUGGAAUAUGUGUUUUAGACCAAAAAGUGUAUGUUAUAGGUGGUAUUGAAACUAAUGUGCGUCCUGGCAUCACCAUCAGAAAACAUGAAAAUUCAGUGGAGUGCUGGAAUCCUGAUACAAAUACCUGGACUUCUCUGGAGAGGAUGAAUGAGAGCCGAAGUACCCUCGGAGUGGUAGUACUUGCAGGAGAACUCUAUGCUUUAGGCGGUUAUGAUGGGCAGUCUUAUUUACAGUCUGUAGAGAAGUAUAUUCCCAAAGUGAGGAAGUGGCACCCUGUGGCACCGAUGACAACAACCAGGAGUUGUUUUGCUGCAGCUGUGUUGGAUGGAAUGAUUUAUGCCAUUGGUGGGUAUGGUCCCGCCCACAUGAACAGUGUGGAGCGUUAUGAUCCCAGUAAGGACUCCUGGGAGAUGGUUGCGUCAAUGGCAGAUAAAAGGAUUCACUUUGGUGUGGGUGUCAUGCUAGGCUUUAUUUUUGUGGUGGGUGGACACAAUGGCGUCUCACAUUUGUCAAGCAUUGAAAGAUACGACCCUCAUCAAAAUCAGUGGACUGUGUGUAGACCGAUGAAAGAACCCAGGACAGGCGUCGGUGCUGCAGUAAUUGAUAAUUACCUUUAUGUAGUUGGUGGUCACUCAGGGUCUUCCUAUCUGAAUACUGUGCAGAAAUAUGACCCUAUCUCAGACACGUGGCUGGAUUCAGCUGGCAUGAUAUACUGUCGCUGCAACUUUGGAUUAACUGCACUUUGACCACUGUGGACUGUGGAAACAGUGGGUGACGGACCUUGUGCCACGUGGAAGGAUGCCCAAUUUUCUGAAACCCAAAGGCUGCAUUGCUUUGCUUUUAACUUGAAAUAGCAUGAAGACUCCCAGUUUUGUUGGGUACUUUGAACUGACAAGUAACUGGUUGCUCUUGAUUACACAGUGAAUCAAUAAUCAAAAAAAAAGAAAAGAAAAGGAAAGAUCUUGCCUGUUGAAUUGUGCACUUUUUUUCCCUAAUGCUGGGAUAGAGUAGUUUUAUGUUCAUAAGUGUACAUAUGGAGAAAACCUUGCUGCUUUUCUGUUUUUCCCCUUUUAGCUCUCUCCCCACUCCUUGAUGUGCACCCUGACCUACUAGGAUGAGAGAUGCGAAGAUGCUGUAGUGUACUGAAUGACUGGACAGAGUGCUGAUCCUGUCUGUUGGACGUGAAUUCCUAUGCUUCACACUUUAAAUAAAGGGCUGCUUUUUUUCUGGUACUUUUAAGGGUUGUGAAUUACAUGCCGCGGUGAGUCACUCGGAUAUUUUUCCUGCUAAAUGGCUUUAGAGCAGGGAGUAUAAUAAGCUUGCAAGACAAAUGCUUUUACUAUUGUGAUAUUUGGGGGCCUAUUUUAAGAAGUCACCUGCUUACUGUUUAUGCCUUUUUUAUAUGGGCGGGUUAAUGCCAGCGCAGGUUAGUCACCCAUCUGUGCUAUGCUCAGCAUGGAUAGAAAGAGUUAAGCAUAUCAGUUUCAGUUUGAUUUUCUUUAGUAGUACAGCAGGCUCCCAGUGUUGAUGUAAAUAUUUGACAAAUGUUUAUUACCACCCUUAUUGUGUUUUGAUUUUUCCUAUAUCCUUAUAAUAAUUUUAGUUUUUUAAGACCUUCGUUUGCUUUCUCAAAGUGUUCAGAUAUAAAAAUGGUGCUAACCGUAGGGUCUAUAACAAGGCUAUAACAAUUUUCUUUUGAAUGUUCAGUAUGAGAUAUGCAUGACAUGUUUUGAUAGUAUUUUUCAUUUUUACUGGCUUGUUUCAUUUGUGCUUAUUAAAAAUGUUAGUGAUUAUACUAAUGUUAACAGCCAAAAAUAAUCUAAAUGGCCUGUGUUAUGCUUUUGAUGGUUCCCAAAGUAGUGAUUUAAAGAGACACAUUUUUAACCUUCUUUCUUUUUGCGCUAGAUAUUAUGUGUCCUUAAAAACAGAAAUACGUGCAUUAAAUAUAAAGCACUAGGCAGUUAUGCAUCACUCUGUACAUUUCUUAGGUAACUGAUUAUUUUAACAUUAUUGGAAACUGGAACUCAAUGUUUACUUGAGUAAUUAUUCUAAAUUCGAUUCUACUUUGACUAAAGAAAUGAUCUUUUAAAGCAAAAUUGUUUGCUAUAGCCAAGUGACAGCUUAUUUAAAAGAAACUGUUAACUCCUUUUGUUUAGCAUGUUUUAGUAAAGCCUGAUAGUCUUGACACGUUCCUUUGCAUCUUAUUAGGAUGGUCGGAAGUGCUUGUAUUUUUGGUACUGUAGUCACUUUGUUUUCUUUUCCUUGAUUUUUUUUUUUUACCUGCCCACUGUCUCUUCAUAGGCUCUGCAAAACUGGUGUAUAUUUGUUUCCUAAGAAAAAAUUCAUACUGCAUUCUUAAGUGCCAUGAUGGUCUAAACUAUUGUUAAGAAGCCAUUUGUAAUUAUAAAGCAUAGGCUCAUCUGUUAGCAAAUAUGUUAUUUCUUGAAGACUCUCUAUAGCUGGGAAAUUGGCAGUUGUCCUUGUUCUUCCAUAAACUGCCAGUUGUAGAUUUAAAUAUAUGCUACAAAUCUGUGUAAAAUCAUCUUUAACCUUAAAAGUAGUAUUAUGCUUUAUGAAUAUUUGCACAGAUUAUAAAACCUUGCAAGUGAUUUUUAGUCUCUUCUAAUUAAGUCAACAGAAGCUACUAAUAAAAUUGAAAGGCUGAGUAUUUUCUAUGUUGCUUGUUUGACUAACAAUGAUAUAUAGCAAUAACUUUUUAAUUAAUUUGAAUAAAAUCUAUUGAAUACAAACAAGGUGCACUAUUGUGAUUGGCCUAGACUUUAUUUAAAGAAAAGCAAUUUAAAAUAGAUUUAUCACAUACUUAAUUUUAAAUCCCCAGCCCAAUUUUCUUUCUGUUUAUGUCAGUCAAAUUGUUAAAUACGUCCUAUUACAAUAUUUUUUAAUCCCCUCUCCCCAGAAGAUAAGGAAUUUGAAAGACUAUAGAAAUUUAUUUUAAUUGUAAACAGAUCUAUACAUUUUAUUUUAAAAAUGUUUUACUCGUGUAUCAUCACUACUAUCAAAUUAGUAUAAAAUAUAUAAUCAUUUGGUAAUUUAGACCAAAGGCAUAUAUUGAUCAUUGGUUUGGAAAAAUCUAAAUUUCAUCUUGGUGAAGACUAAAUGUGAAACAUUUUGGGCAAUAAUAAGAGCCACAGCCAAAGGACAGAUUAUGAAAACCUGUGAAAAGAAGAGAAAAGGCCCCCAAAUUUAGAAAUAUUUAUUUUUUGUUUGCAAACCCUCCUGUAGUGUUUUCCACAACCAGAGGUAUUGUGACCUGACGACGGAUAACCUUACUGUAGAGCCUUCUCGUGCCGUUCGUGAGAAGUUUCAUCACGAGUACAUUGCUGAAAGGUUAUGAGUUUAAAGCCACACGUUUCUUACAUUAGAAAGGAUCAAAAUAUUUUACUGUAAAUUCCCAGGGCUCAAGAUAUUAAAAAUAAUUUUAUAUACUCAGGCAAGGAGGAGGAAGCUAUUUAAGACUGCCCAGAAAUAUUUUGGAAAAACCUAACAGUGGGAAAUAGAAAUUAGUCAAAUCAGUUGGAAGAUAAUUGCCUUCUAUAAUUAUGUUAUGAAAACUUAAUUUGCUAGAAAUGUUUGGCUAUUUAAUAUUUGUUGAAUAUAGUAAUAGACAGUGAUUUCUAAUGUAGCCCAAAGGACAUUUAAAUAAGUUCCAUAUGUUAUUGCUGAUAUUGUUAUAAAUAUGAAGGAAUAUUAAAUUAUAGGACAUGGCAUCAAGCGAUAGGAAAAUGGCAUUAGGUUUUAAAAAAUUAUUUUCAUAGCUUGACAAGUAUGGAGGGCCUACUAUAUGUAUGAGAUAUUGUGCUGCAUGCUAUGGGGGCUGGAGAUAGAAAUAAAAUUGUCUUUUGACUCAAAGAAUAGAAUAUAGUGAGAGAGACCUAUGCCCAAAUGACGGUGAAGUGUGACUCUAAUUCUGUACCUCCAACAUCAUCAGAAGUGUGAGAGACCCAGUUUAUGUAUAAACAUUUGUAUCCUUUAGUGUCCAGUUAGGUUUUAUUGACAUGAAAAAGAAUGAUAAAAAACCUAAUAUUUAUAGAACUCCAAAUUUCCUGUAAUUGGAUAAUAUAUUCUGUAGUAGAAAAACAAAAUUGUAGAAACUUUAAAAAAAUUAUGUACCCCAUGACCAAGGCUCUGGCUAACAUUGAAGGAAAUGUAUGUACAUAUAAUGCCGUGUUUGUUUUCAGUUUUGGUGUUGGAUUUCUGGUAUUGUCACCUAAGUGCUCAUUUUCAGGAAAAUCAGAUUCUACAAUAAAUAUACUGCUUAAAGUUCAGUAAACUUGUGAUAACCUCUAUAACCUCUGUAGUCUGAAAGUUAAGAAAUUAUAAGAUGUCAAAUGUCAAGUUAACAUCCAGUUCUACUUCUUAACCCUUUUUUCUUUGUAGACAGCACUUUAAUUUAGACGUGAUUUAAUUAGAUGCGAUUGUUCUGUGGCUGGAUAUAUAUUGGAUUUUCACUUUACGAUAUAUUAAUUCAGUGUUGAUACAUGUUUGAAAAGACUGAGGAAUACAGUAAGUUUUAAAUACAAUAGGUUUACAAGUUUUCUUACUGAUGUGAAUAUGGAGUCAAAUAAAAAUGCAGUUUACAUCUCUGCGGAGAGAAGAAUUGUUAUCCAUAUGUCUUUUAUAUUACACAUAUUUAACUAGAGAUAAUUUAUUGUUAAUUUUGUCAAGUUAUCAUGUGUAAGUCCCAUUUAUUUUAAAAUACUAAGCAAAAAGUUCCAAGUUUGCCUUAAAAUACAAGUGAAAUUAAAGAACUGGAUGAUAAUGCCUAUAUUUUUGCCUUAUGAAUUGUGCUGUAUCAUAAACCAGAGAUGGUUUUGAUUUUAACAGGAUUCUGAAAUUUUGUAGAGUACUAAUAUUUGUACUCUUGCAAAGAAUGUGAUCUAGUUGUGGAUUAUGUUAACGUUUAAGUGUUUUUGUAUAUGUAUUUUACCUCUGAAUAUGUAUCUUUUUAGCAUCAGGGUUUUAUUUUAUUUUUGUUUACAUAGUAAAGUGGCAUUUAACUUGUUGAAGGUUGUAUUCUUUUGUCUUUUAUUUGAAGAAUUCUUUGUGUGUAAUAUUGUGGUAAUGCUCUGUAAUGACUAUGGUUAAAUUUCAUUUAAUGUGAAAUGUUUAAAAUAAAUUCGAAAACCUUGA